AAUCUGACCACCACUGGUCGUGUUUUUCUUUUCUCACUCCUCUUGUCGGAAAUUCUCCUCUCUCUCUCUCUCUCUCAUUUUUUCUUCAUCUCAUCGCCGGUGAUUCUUUUUGAGCUGCCAACGACUCUUGAGUUAGCUUUGUUGCUUAGAUUUAGUUUUUUUUUUUGACGUUUUCAAUGGCUAAACGAUUAGGUUUGGGGAUUGAAAGAGUAAACCUUUGGCUUGUUGUGUGACAAUAAGUGACUUUGAAGAGAGAAAGUAGGCGUCUUUGUGUAGGGACACUUGUACCGGAACCCUUGUUCUGUUUUUUUUUGGCCAUGGAAGUGUCUUAGCACUUGUCUAUUGUCUGGUUUAUUUUUGUAAUUUUGUAUUAACUUUUAUUUUUUUGGUAGGGAAAAUUAGUUUCUUAUUUUAGUGGGGUUUUUUUUUUUCUUGUGGUGAGUUUUAUCUGUAAAUCUGAUGAUGGAUUUGAAGGGGGAGUGUAAGGGAGGAGGAGGAGAUGGGUUUAUUGACAGAAGCAAAGUCAGGAUUUUGCUCUGUGACAAUGAUUCCAAGAGCUUAGGAGAUGUUUUCACACUCCUUUCACAGUGUUCUUAUCAAGUGACUUCAGUGAAGUCAGCAAGGCAGGUGAUUGAUGCACUAAACGCAGAGGGACCUGAUAUAGAUAUAAUACUUGCUGAAAUUGAUCUCCCAAUGGCCAAGGGUAUGAAGAUGCUGAGGUACAUCACUCGUGACAAAGAUCUUCGGAGAAUCCCCGUCAUAAUGAUGUCGAGGCAAGACGAGGUACCUGUUGUGGUGAAAUGCUUGAAGCUAGGUGCAGCUGACUACCUUGUCAAGCCUCUUCGGACCAACGAGCUUCUCAAUUUGUGGACACACAUGUGGAGAAGAAGACGCAUGCUAGGACUUGCUGAGAAGAAUAUGUUGAGCUAUGAGUUCGAUCUCGUGGCAUCUGAUCCAAGUGAUCCAAACACAAACAGUAACAACCUCUUCUCUGAUGACACAGAUGACAGAAGUAUUAGGUCCACCAACCCUCAGAGAGGCCAUCAGGAAAAAGAGUGUCCUGUUGCUAUGGGUUCUGUUUGUGCUGGUAAUGGUGCUGAUGCCACAGCCACUUCAGCUCCUCCUGCUGUUGCAAUUAUAGAGCCUCCACUGAAUCAUCAUGAACCUACGGAAAGACGUACUAAUCCAGCGCAACUUUCUUCAGUGCCAAAGAAAAGUAGAUUGAAGAUUGGAGAGUCCUCAGCUUUCUUCACGUAUGUCAAGUCUACUGUCCUGGCUACCAACUGUCAAGAUCCUCCCCAUGUCAAUGGGAAUGGCUCACUUCAUCCAGUUGUGGCGGAGAAGCUUCAAGUAGUGCCCAGUGAGGUGAUCAACAAGACCAGACAAACACGCAGAGGUAGAGAGACCGAGAAAAACUAUCCUCAAGGAGAGAACUUACAGAAUGGUGGCGCCAGCUAUCCAAGUUCCCUUGAGCGGCCUUCUCAAACGCUUCCCACGUCAAUGGAACUUCAUGGUAGGAGUUACAAAGAAGGAAAUGUGAGUACUGGACAGGUUGCUGUGAACGGAAGUAAGGAUUCAUCUCAAGUUGCUUCCCAAAAUGCCUAUCCUUACUAUAUGCAUGGGGUCAUGAACCAAGUUAUGAUGCAAUCAGCAGCCAUGAUGCCUCAGUAUGGUCAUCAACAUCCUCAUUAUCCUCCGAAUCAUCUGAAUGGAAUGACAGGAGUUCCUUAUUACCACCUUCCCAUGAACACAUCGUUACAGCACAAUCAAAUGUCACAGAAUGGUCAGAUGUCUAUGGUUCAUUAUCACCCGUCUUCAAACGAGGUGAGAGUGAAUAAACUUGACAGAAGAGAGGAAGCUUUGCUCAAAUUUAGACGUAAAAGGAACCAAAGGUGUUUUGAUAAGAAGAUUAGGUAUGUGAAUAGAAAGAAGCUUGCUGAGAGGAGGCCGCGUGUUAAGGGUCAGUUUGUUAGGAAAAUGAACGGCGUUAAUGUUGACUUAAACGGGCAGCCUGAGCCUGACUCUGCUGACUAUGAUGACGAGGAAGAUGAGGAUGAAGAAGAAGAUGAGAAUAGGGACUCAUCUCCUCAGGAUGAUGCUCAGGGAACUUAAGAAAAGAAACAUCAAGAACUGAAAACCGCUGUGUGUGUGGCUUAGUUAGUUGAUAAACAUAAGAUGUGUUUGAUCAUGUUAACUCGGAUUCAAUGAGUAAUAUGUAUAAACUUUAUCAUUUUGCUCGGA